AAACGCUAACGUCGAAGGCGCUUUUAAACGCUGCCGUGUGUUCUUGCUCACUCCAUAACCAUAACCAUGGAAGCUCUUUCUCUCUCCUCAGCAAAGCUCGUCCUCAACUCCUCUCACCUCCGCUCCAACUACUUCCGCUUUCUCUCUCUUUCCUCUUCCCCAAUCUUCCACAAAUUGAAGUUCUCUCCUUCAAUUUCCACAAUUUCCCCAAAUAGCACCUCCUUCGCCAUCCUCAAAUGUUGCAGUUCCUUCACCGCCAAACCCUCGUCGGAGCUCCGGAAACUCAGGCAAUCGCAUGCAAAUCACGACCAGAAGCUUCGAGCUUUACGGGAGCUUUUCGGCAAGCCGGGCGUUGGUAUUGAUGCUUAUAUCAUCCCUUCCCAGGACGCUCACCAGAGUGAGUUUAUUGCUGAGUGUUAUAUGCGGAGGGCCUAUAUUUCUGGUUUUACUGGGAGUGCUGGAACUGCUGUUGUCACAGAGGAUAAAGCAGCUUUGUGGACAGAUGGGCGGUAUUUUCUGCAGGCUGAAAAGCAACUGAGCUCUGAUUGGAUACUAAUGCGCGCUGGUAAUAUGGGUGUUCCCACUCUGUCCGAGUGGCUUAAUGACGUGCUUCCUCCUGGCUCCAGAGUUGGCAUUGAUCCUUUCCUUUUUUCCUUUGAUGCUGCUGAAGAACUCAGAGAGGAUAUAUCCAAGAAGAACCAUGAGUUAGUUCUUCUGUCCAAGACCAAUCUUAUAGAUGAAACGUGGAAGGGGUCAAGGCCAAAACCUCCAAGCAAGCCUGUGAGGUUGCACGAAUUGAAAUAUGCAGGAGUAGACGUGUCAUCAAAGCUAUCUUGGUUGAGAACCCAGCUUUCAAAUGAUGGUUGUUCUGCUAUAGUGAUCACCAAGCUUGAUGAAAUUGCUUGGUUGCUCAAUUUGAGAGGAAGUGAUAUUCCCCAUUCUCCUGUUAUGUAUGCAUAUUUGGUUGUGGAGAGUGAUCAGUCCAAGCUAUUUAUUGAUGAAAGUAAAAUCACAUCAGAAGUGAUGGAGUACUUGCAGAAUGCUGGCGUAGAGUUGAGACCUUAUGAUUCAAUCUUGAAUGCAGUUGAAAACUUGGCAGUUGAAGGAGCUCAUCUUCUGAUCGACAGAGAGGCUGUAAAUGCUGCAAUUGUCAACACUUUUAAGUCAACUUCCAAUAACAAAAAGGAACAUAAGUCUAAGUCAUAUGGUAGAUCUAAUGGUGGAGUUAAUGGAGCCGCUGCUGUGUAUAGAAAUUCCCCCAUAUCCAUGGCAAAGGCACUAAAAAAUCAUGCUGAAAUAGAAGGGAUGCGCAAUUCUCAUUUAAGGGAUGCAGCUGCCCUAGCACAAUUCUGGUCUUGGCUGGAAACUGAAAUUCACCAGGGUGCGACAUUGACAGAGGUGGAAGUGGCAGACAAACUUCUUCAGUUUCGUUCCAAGCAAGAUGGUUUUGUGGAUACCAGUUUUGAUACUAUAAGUGGUUCUGGUCCGAAUGGUGCAAUUAUACAUUACAAACCAGAACCAGAUAGUUGCAGCGUUGUAGAUCCUAAAAAACUCUUCUUGCUUGACAGUGGCGCACAAUAUAUUGACGGUACAACAGACAUAACAAGAACAGUUCAUUUUGGUGAACCUACAGCUAGAGAAAAGGAGUGUUUCACUCGUGUUUUACAGGGCCAUAUAGCUCUUGAUCAGGCUGUAUUCCCCGAAAAUACACCUGGCUUUGUUUUGGAUGCCUUUGCGCGUUCUUCUCUUUGGAAAAUUGGACUUGAUUACCGCCAUGGGACUGGCCAUGGAGUAGGAGCUGCAUUAAAUGUUCAUGAAGGCCCUCAAAGUAUUAGUUUUCGAUUUGGAAAUAUGACAUCCUUGCAGAAAGGCAUGAUUGUUAGCAAUGAGCCUGGGUAUUAUGAAGAUCAUGCAUUUGGAAUUCGCAUUGAGAACCUCCUUUCCGUGAAAGAAAUGGCUACACCAAACCGCUUUGGAGGUGUUGAUUAUCUGGGAUUCGAAAAGCUUACUUUUGUUCCUAUUCAGAGCAAAAUGAUGGACUUAUCUUUGCUGUCUGCUGAAGAAGUUGAUUGGGUUAAUGAGUAUCAUGAACAAGUUUGGCAAAAGGUGUCACCAUUGCUGGAUGGUUCAGCAAGUCAAUGGCUUUGGGAAAACACACAGCCCCUUGUCAAACAGUGAUAGUCGAGGCUGUUUCUGCUUUGCUCUGUGGCUUUUACAAAUCAUACUCUAUUUUGUAUAUAAAUGUUGGGUGCAACUUGAUAUGCACUUUGGCGGUGAUUUGUACAAAAUGUUGCACUAUUUAUUUGUUUAUUUUCUUUUUUGGCAAAUCUAUUUAUUUGUUACCAUAAGGCUGGUGAUGUAUUUUAAUCCCAUUUCAAUUCUUUUUCAUUGUCUAUGAAACAGUAUGGCGUAGCUUUUACUUUCAA